AUGAGCAGCAAAGACAAAGCUCGUGCUAGAGUCCGACCAGAGGAUGUCCUGUGUGGCCCUGGACACUUUCGCAAUCAGCUAGGGAACAUCAAGUGCUUGGAGCUGGUCAGUGACCAUUUUGAGGAGUACUGUUCUUCCACUUCCACACGUCAACAACAAGACAUUGUGCGGAACGUCUUUGAUCAAAUUGAAGGACGCUUUGUCAGUUCCAAAAAUGGCGCCGAACUCACACAGGAAAUGGCCAUGGACAAAAUCAGACGCAUGUUUGAACUGGCCAAAAUCAGAGGACCCUACCAGAAAACCAAGGCACUGGACAAGACGGACAACAAUGAUGAAGAUGACGAGACGGAUGAGGAAGAGGAGGAGGACGACAAUCCAUUCCGUCCCGAAGACGUUGUGUGUGGUCCUGGCAACUAUAAAAACAAGGGCAACGUGCUCUGCGUCAAACUGGUGGCCCAACAUUACAGCAAAUUCACUCAUGAGAACACUCCCCGCGAGGUAAAAACUGCUAUCUUGGAAGAUAUUUAUACCACCGUUACCCGCAAGGGAGGACGCUUUAUGGAUGCCUAUUCCCAAAGUCCACUCGCGAAACCAGAGGCAUUCCAACGCCUUAGGAAGAAGAUGAUCUAUCGUACCUUCCAGGACCAAAAGGCUCACACUACUCCAAAAAAGAAGAGGGGACGCCCCAAAAAGGAACAGGUGGUUAGACACCUGGACGAGGAGGAGACGGAAACCGAUGAUGAUGACGAUGAUGAUCACGUCAAUAUCGCAGCUCUCAAAAAGUCCAAAAUUGAUCCACCUGCCAAACAUCAUCAUCAUCAUCAUCAUGACAAUAAUAGUAAAGAGAGUCCAACGAAGAAAGAACGAAAGUCCUUCCAAGAUGAAGACGUCCUCAUGGGUGGACGAGGGAACCAUCACAAUGCUGGAAAUCGUUACUGUAUGCAGAUGAUUCGGGAACGCAUGGAUACCUACCACAAUGACAAUCUUUCCACCAAGGAGAAAAGCGACAUGAUCGAAACCAUCUACAACGCAAUUCGUGCCCGAGGGGGGUGCUUUCGCGACAUUGAAACCAUGAACGAAAUCGAUCGAGAAAAUGCCUUGCAUAAACUUGCCACCAAGAUGAAGCGAACGUAUCUGAGACUCGGGAACCGUGUCGGAAACAGCGAUGCCAAGCGAGCUAGUAGCUCCCCUGCCAAAAAAGCGCCACCACCAAGGGGCGCCAAAGCAUCGCCGCCGCCGGAAGUCAAAACAACUCCUCCCAGAGCUGCCAAAGCAUCACCACCGGGUCAUCUUGCUGUAGGCGGUUCAUCCGAAGACGACGAUGACGACGAGUUCUUCCGACCCAAUGAUGUCGUUUGUGGCUUUGGACUGGGACGCGUCGGUAAAAACGAGGGCAAUGUCUUGUGCAUGGACCUCGUAUUGGGACAUCUGGACGACUUUUGUGAUCCAGACAUUAACAAGGAAGAAAAGAAUGACAUUUUGGAAACCAUAUACGCCGCUCUCACAAACAACGGUGGCCGCUUUAUGGAUUACCCAAAAAAAGUGGAACUCUCCCGUGACGAAGCACUGCAACGGAUUAACCGCAAACUGCAAUGGGCUCGACUACAACGCAACAAUGAUCGCAAGGCUGGGGAGCGAGAAAAGGUGAUUGCUGAGUUGGCUCCCACCAGAACGAUCCAGGAUGUCAUUGCUCAAGUCAAGGUCGGAUCUCAAGUGGCAGUUUUCUGGCCAGAAGACGAUCAAUACUACCCUGCAAUUGUCAUGAAAAAGCUUGAUCCAUCGGUUCAGAAGAAAAAUAUUUAUAUUGAAUAUGACGACGGGGAUGACGAAUGGAUUGAUCUAUCGGAGCAUGUGUUUCGCCUUCUCAUGGUUGAUGCUGAAAGCAGUGGUGAUGGCAUCGGCAAUGUCGGCGCAACAAAGGAGGAUGCUGAUGCGGAGGAUGACAGCAAUGCCAUGAUGCAGGAAGAUGCAACGACGGCAGAUGUCGAUGUGAUGGAUGGGGUAGAGACAAGAAAACCUGCUGCCAAACCUCUCAUGAGAGACCCGCCUGAAAAAAGCAACAUCAUAUUAUCAGAAACCACAAUAAGCAAGCAAAGCGACAAGUCUGAAAAUAGCAAUCUUCACGAUUCAUCACCGCCGUCAAAAGCAGAUGUCUCAAUUAGCAAACCAGCAGCAAGCGCAGAGCAAAUGGCAGACUCUGAUGCACAUCAUGAUACUAGACAUGAAGGCGACAGAGCGUCUGGACUCUACAAACUGGUCUGUCCCCGACGGCUCCUCAAGGGGAAAAUGGAUGAGAUUCAUGCUCAAAGGCUGCUGCAAGGCUUCUCCUUUGCCGACGCAGCAUCUGCGAAGGAAGCCCAGGAAGAGCUCCUGCUGGAACUGCACAAGGAACGCCAGGACCUCAAGGAUUGGGCCAAAGCCAAAAUCAAUGCAAAAAUGGUCGAAAAAGCACAACAUCUUCUGGGGUCCACCAUAAAAACCUUUGACGAUGUUAUUCUUGCGUGGAAGAGCGAUGCAUCUCAUGACAAUCAGCGAAGGAUGCAUGCUAUUAUACACGGUCAGUUUGCGUCAACCUCCAUUAAUCGCUUGCCUGUUACAUGGAUCGUCGAAAUGGAAAAAGCCUACAUGUUAGAGAAGAGGCUGCACUAUGCCCCCGAUGGGUCUCUCCGAAAACAAGGAUAUGUGUAUGACAUCAUAUCGCAGCAGCUCAAUGUUCAGCAGAAUACGAUCAAGAGAACAGGAAAAUCCAAGCAUGGUGUGCACCUGCCGUCAGUUUUGUCAGCGAUUGGCGGCAAUGCGACACCCGGCAAGAAAAGACCCGCAUCGGACAGCAAGCUUGACAAUGGGAAAAAAGCAAAGGUUUCCAAUGCUGCACAGGAGGUCGCCAAUGUCGUGGAGAAGACAAAGCAACAUCAAGAAGAAAAGAGCGAACAAGCCAAAAAAGCCACAGGUCUCUCCCAGACCACCAAUGGGGAGGAUCCCAAAAAACCGAAUGCACAAUCUGUUGUUGGUGACGUGAAAGAAAUACCAGAGGCAAAGAAUGGCAUUAUGACGAAUGAGGUCAAGUCGCCUACAAAGACAUCAUCAAAACCCGUGUCAGCAAUCCCAGCUCCGCCAACCACGGCAGGAGUGGUUCCGCGGGGAAGCGACGAGGAUUCGGGAAUUCAAAAGGUGGUUGUCAGUCGCAAUCGCCUCCUCAAAAAUUCCAUGAACGAAGAGCAUGCAGCACAGUUCCUGCAAGGUUUGGUUUUUGCCAAUGCUGAUGCCAAGAUGGAUGCCACUAAACAACUGCUGCAGCAAUUAAACGAUGAGAAACAUGCUAUCAAAGCAUGGGCCAAGGGGGAAAUCGAAGCAGCAAUGAUAAAGAAAGCAAAUGAGCUUGGGAUGAACAAUGUUGCAACAUUCGAGGACCUGGUUCUUGCAUGGGUUGGUGAUGCAUCAGAAGAAAACCACAGAAGGAUCCAAUUGGCGUUGUAUGAUCCAUUUCCUGUGUGCGAUGAAAGCACAACCAUGGACAAGCCAAUGCAACGGGUCUCGCAAAUGGCUGAAAACUUCAUGCAAACGAACCAUUUAGAGUACUCGAAAGAAGAAGAAGAAGAAAAUGUCAAGGGCUCGCCAAGCUCUUAUGGCAGACAUGGUUAUGUUUAUGGUAUCAUCUCGGGAGCACUCGAUGAAAUGCGGCAGACUGUCACGAGCCGUGGAGUGAAACGCCAUGACCGUUUGGUGGAUCCUCCCAAAGCUUCCGUUGUUGAAAGUGUCGAAAGUGGUAUCAAGCCAGCUAUGGUCAGAAACGACAAUCCAGGAGGCAAGGGCGAGGAUGCAUGUCCAGAACCUGCACAGAAGCGAGCAAGAAUGAUGGAGAAUGAACAAUCGCACCACGACAAUAGCCAUACAAUCUUGGAGAGUCCAGCUGAUAAAAUCGACAAGUCAGAUGGCAGCGAGGUGGCGUUGGGAACAGCUCCUGUUUCCAAGCCAGCGGCCACUAGCACGAUACAGGAGGCACCGACACACAUUGCUUGUGCGCCGAGCAGCCCUUCUGGUAAGAUUGAGACAAACGUUCCUGAUCGUGACGUGCUCGAGGCGCCUCCCGCGCCAUCAAUUAGAUCUAGCAUACCGCCACAGCCAACACAAAGUCCAGUCAGUGUCAAUGCUACGGUGCCACCACAUGCUGAGAAGCCUGGCGUCGCAAUCACUCAGCCCGUUGACUGGUCAACUCAGACCGUUGAAUGGUCAUCUCCUGCGGAGGAAGCAACAAUGGCAUUGUUGUUACAGGGGGGGCAGGCGCAGGCAGAUCAGAAACAGAGGCAGUGGACUCUGCAAGGGACACUCUUGAUGGUUGGAAUUGGUGUCAUGGUUAUUGCGAUACCUGCAUUCAGAUUCCUGUUUGCUGCCAAGAACCCAGAAGAGGUGGAAUCUGGUUAG